AUGGGGAGCAAUCGCUUUUCCCCUAUCACUCCAGACGACCAUGCUGGGUCUGUCUGGAUUGCGACUCUGUUAUGUCUGGUCUACUCGGUCGUCACAUUGGCCUUGAGGGGUCAUCUGCGCCGGAACAUGUAUGGAUUGGACGAUUACCUUGCCCUGGCCGCAACUGCCGCUCAAGUCGGAGAGGUAGUCGCAGUGAUAAUUGGACUGGACCAUGGAUUGGGCAAGACACAAGACCUCCUACGACAGAGUGAACUAUCAAAAGCCAGCCGGGCAACCUUUGCUGGCCAACUGCUGUUCAUCGUGGCCGCCGCUACGGCAAAAGCUUCCACACUCUGUCUCAUGAUGAGGCUGUUCAACUUGGUCGGUCCAAGAACAGGACAAAGGUUACAGUCAAAGGUUCUCUACUGGAUCAGCCUUGUCGUUUUGGUCGGAGUGUGGCUUUGGGGCAUUUUGUCGAUUGUCGCCCUGGCGGUCGACUGCUCUAUUCCAGGGUUUAUUCAGGCCGACACUGGGCGAUGCUCUCAUCAGUUUCUUCGUUGGCAGUUGAUCACCGCGUUUGACGUGGCGACAGAAUGCAUUCUGGUCGUGAUCACUGUCUUUGUUGUUUGGCCUGUACACCUGGCCUUCGCGAUGAAAUGCCAGGUUGUGCUUGCAUUUGGAUUCCGACUACCUGUGGCGAUGCUCUCUAUCCUCCACCUCCAUUACGUGGCCGACUAUACCAGCUCAGAUAAUCCGGGUAUCGCGAUCGUGCCCGUGAUUGUGAUCCAGCAGGUGCAGCUUUGCUGGUCGCUGAUUUCGGCCACCAUCCCCAAUCUCAAGUCAUUCGUGCGGAGCUUCAGCAGUGGGUUUGGCAUCCAACUCGAUCCUUCUCUCACGCAGGCAUACUAUGGUUCUGGACGUGGCUCCGGACGGCUGGGCCGCAGCAUGAAUGCUUACGAGAUGGGUUCCGUUAGUGGCAAUGGCACCGCCAAAUCGAGGUCUGCGGCGAGAUCAUACAACGACAACACCGCCGAACAAUUUCCACCGGUUCCACGGCAAGAUCCCAGUGGCAACAAGCUGACUGUCAUGAGAGAGAACGACUCAAUUGACAGUGGCGGCAGCCAAGACCAUAUCAUUCGCAAGGACGUGCAAUGGAACGUUCACUACGAAACAGAAACAGACCAAGGGAGAGUUUGA